AUGUUGAAAUCGUGGAACACAAUGAAGAAGGAUAUAGCUACGCUUGGUCUCAAGUUCUUAUUAAGGAUGUUUGAGAUUGCACCCUUGGCUGCAAAGCUCUUCUCCUUCAUGCGAGACUCACAGAUUCCACUUGAGAAGAACCCCAAGCUCAAAGUCCAUGCAAUUUCUGUCUUCAUCAUGACAUGUGAAGAAGCAGCAAAACUCAGAACUACUGGGAAGGUUACUAUGAGGGAAACGACAAUGAAGAAAAUUGGUCUCAAACGCGUCGUGUAUGGUGUAUUUGAUGAACAUUUCGAGGUAUUGCAUUUUGCUCUGCUGGAGAUGAUAAAAGAGUAUGUUCCUCAUAUGUGGAGCAUAGAGAUGAAGAAUGCAUGGAUUGUAGCUUACAAUCACUUAGUUGUGGCUAUAUAG